UAAACAAUUAAACAUUCCGACUUCGAUCACUCUUUUUAUGCAUUUCAUAUGUUCUUUUUCUUAGUUCGGUGUGAUUUUCUCCCUCAUCAUAGAUUUUCUUUGAAUUUUUAGUUAGAAUGUAUAUUCUGUGUUUCUCUGCACGUGCCCAUCAUAUUAUCCUCUUUUAACAGUCCAUGGAAUCCUGGGAAGAUACUGAAGAUGAAUGUGAUAACAGCUGUGAAACUAUACCUCACCAAAAUGACCGAAGAAAGCGGACCAGGAAUGAAAAUCUUAGUGAUGGACAAACAAACAACGAGUAUCACAACCAUGGUGUACAGUCAAUCGGAGAUGCUCCAACGUGAAGUCUAUCUCUUUGAACGUCUGGAUAUGAUCAGUGCCCGAGAACCAAUGAAGUAUCUAAAAUGCAUUGCAUUCCUGCGGCCAACGAAAGAAAACAUCUCUCUCCUCAGCAAAGAACUCAGGAAUCCAAGAUUCGGAGUUUAUUAUGUUUAUUGGAGUAAUAUUGUAAGAAAAGCAGAUAUAAAAACCAUAGCCGAAUGUGACGAGUAUGAAUCUGUCCGUGAGGUAGAAGAAUUUUAUGCUGAUUAUUUGGCAAUUGCCCCUCACUUAUUCUCCUUGAACAUUCCAGUAUCUUAUCAAGAUUUAGCCUGGGACCCAGUAGAACUGCUUCGUAGUACGCAAGGGGUUACAGCUGUGCUCUUGUCAUUAAAGAAAUGUCCAAACAUCAGAUAUCAAAGCUCCUCUGAAAUGUGCAAAAGACUUGCCGAGAAGGUGCGAGAUGUGAUAGUGACCGAAGAGUCUCUAUUCAAUUUCAAACAAGAUGACAUAACACCUGUACUGUUAAUCGUCGACCGAAGAGAUGACCCCAUCACUCCUUUAUUGAAUCAGUGGACGUAUCAAGCUAUGGUUCAUGAGCUCCUUACAAUUACGAAUAAUCGAGUAGAUUUAAGUCACGUCAAAGAUAUUUCCAAAGAUUUACGGGAAAUCGUCCUCUCACCAGAGCAUGAUGAAUUUUAUGCAAAAAAUUUAUAUUUGAACUACGGUGAGAUAGGACAAACCAUGAAACAGUUGAUGGAAGAGUUUCAAAGGAAAGCUAAAAGUCAGCAAAAGGUUGAAAGUCUAGCAGACAUGAAAAAUUUUGUAGAAAAUUACCCCCAGUUUAAGAAAAUGUCAGGAACAGUUUGCAAACAUUUGGUGCUUGUCAGUGAUUUAUCCAACACAGUUGCAAAUAAUAAUUUGCUGGAGGUUUCGGAGUUAGAACAACAACUUGCUUGCCAAGAAUCACACUCUUCGCAGCUCCAGAAUUUACGAACGCUUUUAAACAGUGGAAACGUUAGGCACAAGGAUGCCACAAAACUAGUCAUGUUAUACGCACUGCGGUACGAACGGCAUAGCAACAAUGAUAUAGACGGUCUCCUCAAUAUUCUUAAAAAGAAUAGCGUACCUGACUCAUUUAUCAAGAUGAUUCCACGUAUUUUAAAAUUCAGAAGUAAAAACUCAAGACUGAAUGAAACGUUUGAUACCCAAGAGGCCGUUGUAAAGAUUACCAAACGCUUUUUUAAGGAUUUAAAAGGAGUGGAAAAUGUCUAUACGCAACAUGUACCUUUACUAAGAGAAACCCUUGAUGACUUAAUCAAAGGUCGGCUUAAAGAGACAACUUUCCCCUUCUUGGGAGAAAACAGUGCUCAAAUAUCAAGACGGAUCAAAGAUGUGAUCGUUUUCAUGAUCGGUGGAGUUACUUAUGAGGAAGCUCUUGCUGUUCACAAUAUCAACUGUUCUCAUCAGAAUAUUCGAAUCGUAUUAGGUGGAACAACCAUUCACAACUCUGCCAGUUUCUUCACUGAAGUUCAAAAUGCUACAGCAAAUCUUCCCACGACAAGACAUGAUAAUCGUAGAAUAUAAUAACUCAUUCUGUAGUUGUGAUGGAAAUUGAAGGCAUCAACAGAAUUUUAUGUCAAUCUUGCUUGCUGCAAGAAGCAAAGUUCAAGCUUAACUCAUGUUAGAGUGUGAAUCCUGAAUCUUGGAAAAUUUAAGUUUCACUAAACUUCGAAGGUUGAUGUGUCCAGUCAUGAAAUCCCAAUUCAAUCAAUACCUGGCUGUGACUUUGUGUUUAAUCUUCUAUUUGAUAACCAAGACUUAGAAAAUUCAGCUCAUGAAGCAAGAUUUUAUGAAGUUUAUACAUUUGAUCAGUGAACACUGAUUUGUGAAGGACUUAUUGCUAUUUGCUGUUUUUUCAACAAGAGAAAUUUUACCAAAGAACCUGUAUUUCAUAUAUUUUGUUUUCGUAAAAUAUUCAUCCAUGAUUGAGCCAAAGAUUUCGUAUAAUCUUGACUUAAGACGUACAAUACUGCUGUUGAAUGAAUUUCGGACUUAGUUCAAUUCUACAGUGAAAUUGCAGGGACGUGUAUCUCAUUUGCGGUGUUUCAAAAUCUUCGCUUUCACUUUAUUUCAUCAAGGGUGAACAAACCAAAACUGCUUCUUGAUGUUUCCAUUGAUUAUUCUUCUCACAGAAAAGAAGAAUUAGGAAAGCUUUCAAGAGAUGACUUCAAGUACUUUUCUAUUUAAAAAAAUAAAGUAUGACAGGAAGCCUGCAAUGUUGCAAACGGAGAUACGCGCUCCUGCAGUCUCAUCGCCGAAUUGCUAUCUUUUCUUGCAAAUGUUAAAAAUCUGGUUUUCUUCCAUUCAACAUUUCUAUUUUGUGCUUUCUUGCUCAGCUGAAGCUAGAAUUCAACAUCUCUCUUCUAUUAAUGUAUAAUGAUAUCGAGUUGCAGUAUUUAACAUGAUUUGUUACUUUAAGUUAUGAAUAGAAGAUUGGCUAUAGCACUCCAGACUAUGGCAGGCUGUCUCAAUUAUUACUAGAAUAGAUGUGUGUUGAAAAAUUGUCGCACAUUUAAUGCCCUCAGUUUGUAUGUUGCUAAAAUAAUUUAAAAUCAUCAUUGUAAUCGCUAUUCCAUUAUUUUUUUCUCUGUUUUUUUAUUCAUUUAUUUUUUGUUGAAUGCAUGUGUAAGCACCAUGAAUCUCAAUGUAAUCUUGUAAAUUACUGCAAAUGGGUAUAUUUUGAACGUCAAUAUCAUCUCUCAUGAAGUGUUUAAGGCUACAGGAAAGCAUCUCAAGAACAUGUCGAAAGCCAACUUGAUCUAAAAGGACUACGCACAUAAUAUCAAGCAAUCCAGCUUCAGCCAAAUUUUUAUAUUGUUCAAUAUGAUGUUCCUCACUACCCUCUCGAGCUUUUUGACAAGCUUUUAUAAUCAAACAUUAUUUCUGCCAAUAAGGUGGAAAGUAGAGUAGAUCCAUGAAUUCUCUGGAUUUCUUACCUGCAUUUUCUUAUGGAGGUGUGGGGCUGUUGAUAUGCGUGGGCGGAUGCUGCUCUGUACUCAGUUAUCAUUAGGAGGAAUUUGAUUCUUUUUAGCUCUGUUAUCCUCUUGACCAGAGAAGGAACAAAAGCUACCUUUGAUCACUAAUGUUGCAACAUUUUUACUGGAUAAUGCGUCUAAGAGUGCUGAAAAAUUCACAUUUCUUGCAAGGCACACAGUAAGUUUGAUUUUCAAAGCUUAUUGUGCUCAAGAGAUUCUGAGGAACAUCAUAUCAAAUAAAAUCUAAAUUUGGCCAACGCUGCAUUUUGUGGUGUUAGUUGGACCACAUCACCAAUUGCCACAUUUAAUUGGGCAAUAUAAUUUUUUAAAUGUAAAUGGUUGUACAGAUUUUUGUGCAAAUUUCAGUGAAUUUUCUGCAUAUUAGGAAGCAAACUCCGUAAAAUUUUCAAAUGAAUCCGCACAAUCGUUUUCAUGUAAAAAAUGAAAUGACCCGGUUAAAUUUGGCAAUAGCUGAUGUGGCUUGGUUCCUUUCUGCUAAGCGCAGUCCAGUUGUGUAGUCCAUUAAUUAUUGUUCAUUCGUUUAAUUUUUUUUAAUGCUCAUAUCGUUAUUUUACCGCCUCUCACUUCACCUAGAAAUCUUGUUAUCAUUGAACUAUUUUAUCUUAAGCCUAUGGUAGGAAACAAAGCAUUUUCUGUUACCUAUCAUGUAACAUAAAUUAUUAAUUUAUCGUGGCUUUUCAUACUGUAGGAAAAUAUAGUAAUUGAAUUGUUA